UGGAUCCUCCGUUCAAACUACCCACUCUGAACCCCUCAGUUCUGAGUCAAAGUCCCAAGUCCAGUCCAGCCCGUGGCAAGGCCUUACCUGCUGCGGUGGACUCUUCAGAAUUGACCCCCGAGCCUGCUCCUGUCGCCUUCUCGCUGUGGCUAUGGCUGAGGCCCUGACCCUGAUGCAGGAGAAGCCCCCAGAGGAGCCACAAGGCAAGACGGACACACACAGCCAUGACUCCAGGUCUCAGUCAACAUGCGCCUGAUGCGGACACCUCGGGAUCCCAGAGGCUGGAGCCUGGGAGUGCAGCCGACGGUCCCGGAACCAGGUAACUGCAUCCAGAGGGGCCCAGAAGAGGGAGGAGGCAUUGCCUCCACCACAACAACUACACCCAGGAUGCAGAGCAUCAAGUGUGUGGUGGUGGGCGAUGGGGCAGUGGGCAAGACGUGCCUGCUCAUCUGCUACACAACUAACGCUUUCCCCAAGGAGUACAUCCCCACAGUGUUCGACAAUUACAGUGCCCAGAGCGCAGUUGAUGGGCGCACAGUGAACCUGAACCUGUGGGACACGGCGGGCCAGGAGGAGUAUGACCGCCUCCGCACACUCUCCUACCCUCAGACCAAUGUCUUUGUCAUCUGUUUCUCCAUUGCCAGUCCGCCCUCCUACGAGAACGUGCGGCACAAGUGGCAUCCAGAGGUGUGCCACCACUGCCCCGAUGUACCUAUCCUCCUGGUGGGCACCAAGAAGGACCUGAGAGCGCAGCCUGACACCCUGCGGCGCCUCAAGGAGCAGGGCCAGGCGCCCAUCACACCGCAGCAGGGCCAGGCACUGGCCAAGCAGAUCCACGCCGUGCGCUACCUCGAGUGCUCUGCCCUGCAGCAGGACGGCGUCAAGGAGGUGUUCGCUGAGGCUGUCCGGGCUGUGCUCAACCCCAUGCCGAUCAAGCGUGGGCGGUCCUGUGUCCUCUUGUGACCCUGGUGCUCAGCUUGGAGGCUGCCCCUGCUCCCUUACCACUUGUGCCUUGGCGCCUUGUUUCUGCCCCCAGCUGUGCCUUAAGGACUAAUUCAGGCACCCCUUGCCAGGGGGGCUCCCUGAAUGCCUUUUUCUCCCUAAGGAGGCCCUCAGGGAAAGGGGCUCAGCCUUGGGUCCUGCUGCACUCCACUUGGUAACACCAGCUGUUCUCCUGAGCUUACCCAGGCUAAGGGUGGACCCCUUCCCAAGAGGCCAGCCCAGUGUUCCCCUCCCUUUUUCCCCCUACUGAUCAGUUCAUCCAGCUUUCCACACAGGUGUUGCUGCCUAUUGGUGGUGCCUCUCAAGGGAUCUCAGCCGUCCCUAACCUCUGCUCUCGCUGCUCUUGGAACUGCCCCCCAAGAUGCUCUCUACCUUCCCCAAAGAAGGAGCCACAGCAUCCUGAGAAGAUGAAUGUGCCCUAACCUGCUCCUACAUGCCCAGGCCUUACGCAUCUGCUGACUGACUCAGCCCCUGUGCUCCUGGGGGCUUUUCCUACCCCCGUCAGCAUCAAUAAAAUCUCCUGUCUCCAGUG